AUGGCCUUUGACUCCGGUGACCGGCCUCUUCAUGAACUCCUCUCGAGAGACAUGGUCGACAUUUAUGUUGGUACUGAGAACACACAUUGGAUUUUGCACGAGAAACUACUCUGCUACCGAAGCCGCUUCUUCCGAAACAUUUUCUGGAGGAAGACUGGGAAGAAGGAAAGCGUGUAUGGUUUACCAGACGAGGAGGAUGAGCCCUUCAAGCUAUUCGUAGGAUGGCUAUACUCAGAGCGGAUACCCACACCACGAACGGAAGAAGAUCUCUCACCGUUGUUGGAUGUGUACCUCAUGGCAGAGAAGUGGGAGAUUAAGAAACUCAUGCUGGAGGUCUUGGAUGCCGUACGCACCUAUUAUCACGAGACCGACACCUGGCCGAGCUUACGACGUGUGCAAUACAUCUACUCCAACUCUGAUGUUGAGUCUCCAAUGCGACAGCUGCUGGUGUCUUGUGUCGCACGUAUGCUUGUGACGGGUGAAGGUAUGCCAAGGCAUUGGCAGAGUGCACUUUGCAACAAUGGGCAGUUGGCCGUGGAUGUCAUUCUCUGCGUACAGAAGUGGAAUCUGGAGCCGGAGAAGAUUCCGGAGCCUAGGGAGCAGAGUGUGGCGCCCAUCAUGAAGGAGGCUCAGGCUCAUGGCUUGAAGACGGACGAUGACGAUGAGAAGCUGGACUGGGGUGACGGUCUCACGCCCCCGCAGUCGAGGGACCAGAGCCAAGCGGACGAGGACGAGUAA